AUGCAUCCUAUACCUUUUGUUGCUGGAGGUCCUGGGACAGGAAAAACUAGACUGCUUGAGGAACUGAAGAAUCUCGUUCAGGAGAGGGCACUCAAUGAUGCAGAUGAUCAGGUGCGAGAGAUUUUUGCAAAUAUGAUAGCAGUGGUAAUAACUUUUGGUAAUGGAUCGGCAGCAUCCGAUAGUGAUGUUAUGCUUGGAGGGGAAAUCGCACUUUGUACACGGAUUCUGCAUCGUUAUUUUGUGGAAGGAAAUUCAAAUAUGCAGUACGAAAAUUUUGUAAACCAAUGUAUAAAAUUGGGUUUACGAAAAGGAGGUUUAAUGUUAGGAACAGUUUUGAAGACUAUUACUAUGGAUAAGUAUGGCCAGCAGCAACAAAGUGGCAACACAUCAGCAUUUUUAUUGUGCAUAGAUGAAAUGAACAAGUUGAUUGAUAUAGACACUCCACUAACACAAGUGACAUUCCGUACAGUCGUAAAUGCAGUAGGCCGAUUGAGUUGUGGAAAAGCUGUCGAAAAUAUAUUCUUUAUCCCUAUCCUUGCAGGGACACUUGAGCAACCUCUAUCUCAGAUAAUUACAAAACCUGCUUUGGUACUUCCAUUAGACUUGCUUAGCAAUGCUGAUACAAUUAAAAUAGCCCAAGAAAAUUCUGGUUUAGACAAACAUUAUGUUACAACCACAGCCUCAUUUCGUCGAUGUCUAUCAGAUAUCGGGGGACAUGUUCGUACUUUAGAAUUCUUUUUAGAGAAAUGUGUUUCUGCAAAAAGUUCUGAAUCAAUUAACCUUUUUGAGGUAAUGCAAUUCGUAAAGGAAAAGCUGAUGGAUAGAUAUGACUUCAGAAAUGUGGCAUGUAAUAUGGCUCAACCAGUUGCAUAUGCGAUACUUGGCUUAAAUGUUUCUCCAUCAAAAAGAAUUUCAGAAAGGUCACAAUUAACUUACACAGACUUGAGUAGCAUGGGAAUGUUGGUAUUUCAACAUGAGGACAAGCAAGCAUCAUUAUGCAUAAGAAUACCGUAUAUUUGGGUGUGGUGCAUAGUAAUGAGUGCACGCGAACUGGGAGCUGAUUGGGCAAAAUUCUGGGAAACGCUCAUAGUUCAAGAAAAAAAUUUCGUAUGGCAAGACUGGGAGGACUUAAACCUCCGCUUUUGGGCAUUUAGACUCCAUCUAUAUCAUGUCAUUGGUCAUCAACAAAUUGGAAUGGAUGAAUUUCUCCGUGGAGCUUAUUGCGGAGCCGAUAUUAAAGAGAAUACAAUGGAGAUACCAUCAGAUUUAGAUAAUAUAAAGGUCAUAUACAUCAAAGAACGAUUUCCUGAACAUCAGAAAUAUCAUGAUGUGAAUAGUGAGCAUAUGUACAGAGAAUUCACGAGCAAUAUGAUUGUCAAGAAUGGACAAGGAGGGAUGAUGGACGGAUUCACUCACUAUAAAGAUUUUAACCAAACAAAGCUUGUUACGGUCUGCCUUCAAAUGAAAUGGGGUCAAUAUGAAACAAUGAAACCACAAGUAAUUAAUCGAGAAACAGUAUCUAAUGAAGCAAAAAAAGUAAUGGAAAAACUCCAAAACCAUCUUCAUCUUUCAUUACAACAAUAUCGUUUGAUUCUUUUGUGCAAUACACCAUUAUCAGAGGCGUUACGAUGUGUUUUGCCCGAUGAUUUACCAUCGAAUGUUGCUCUUGUUUGCGAAGACAAUUUUGCUAAAUUCUACGGACCAGUGUAUGCAAAUCGUGCACAAUUCGCUGCUGCAAAUGAAAAGGUUAAUAUUAACUCGGCUUAUAAAUGGGAACUGUGUCUUAUUCGUGGAGUAGGACCACAAACUGCAAGUGACAUUAUAGCAAAGCGGAAGGAAAGACCUUUUGAAGGAGAAAUGGAUUUAUUACGCCGUGUGAAGUUUUCGAGGAGAGAACUAUCGCAGAUUGAGUUUUAA